UCCACUUCAUCUCUCUUGCUCAAGUACGCAAGCCACUGACAGCAACAGCCACACACAGACAAGAGAGAGAGAGAACGAGAGAGAGAUCGGAGAACACACAGAUCCGUCCUCUGUAGAUCGCCUACACAGUGUCAGAAAUAGAGCUGAGUUUAAGGCAGGUGCGUGCAAAGCGUCUGCAUGAGACCCUGGGCGGUACGCUAAUACACAAUCUGAGAGAGGAUACAGGUUGAUUGACUAACGUCAAGAAGGAAAACGAGAAAAAACGUGACGACAACAAAAAGGAAAGAAGAAGAGACCGAGAUGUACGCUGAAAUGACCCGUAUCUUCACGGUGUGUCCCUAAACCAAUUCUAAAACCUACUCUACUGUGCUAGGAUGUAAGAUCAAUGGAGUGAGACUGGAGAGAAUUACAUUCAUCCGAAGGAGACAGAAAAGGGAUUUUGAGAUACUCGUGUGACUACUUCACAAGACAGGAUAUGAAGAAACAGAUCAUGCUUCAUCUCUGAGACAAUUUAUUUAGCAAAAUUCAACUAAACCCUUGGUUCUCCUGUCACAUGAACUUGAGCGAUAAGUGAGAGACUGAAUAGUCUAGAUCACAGUGAAUCUGCAUUAAGUUAUAUCAAUUUAAUGAUGAAAAUGAGACAGAUUGCAAUAUUUCUUCUGCACAUGCAUCUGCUGCUUGGAGUUGGAAGCUCCCUGGUCAUUCAGUCCAUGCCCUGGAGAGUGCCCUGCCCUCACCAGUGUGUCUGCCAAAUUAAGCCCUGGUACUCUCCCCAGUCUGUGUAUAGAGAGGCUCCUACAGUAGACUGCAAUGACCUGCUACUUAUCCAGCUGCCCACUUCCCUCCCUCAAGAGACACAAACCCUCCGGCUGCAAAGUAACCUCAUCAGUUCUGUGGACCAGAGUGAACUCCUGGGCCUUGUCAAUCUGACAGAGUUGGAUCUCUCCCAUAACAGCUUUACCAGUACCCGUAACCUGAGGAUAACUGACCUGCCAGCUCUUCUUAGCCUGCACAUGGAGGAAAACCAGCUGAGACACCUCCCAGAAGCAGCUUUCUUUGGUCUCCCUAACUUGCAGGAGUUGUACCUCAAUCACAACAGGCUUCGAAGCAUCUCCCCUGGGGCCUUCAAAGGUCUGGAUAAACUUCUAAGGCUUCAUCUCAACUCUAAUCGAUUGGUUGUAAUCGACCGCCGUUGGUUUCAUGCUUUGCCACAACUGGAGGUCCUCAUGAUCGGUGGAAAUCCUGUGGACACUAUUCAGGACCUCAAUUUUAAACCACUGAGCUCUUUGCGCAGUCUCGUUCUGGCAGGCAUGGGCUUACGUGAGAUCUCGGAGCGAGCGCUAGAGGGGCUUCAAAACCUGGAGAGCAUUAGCUUUUACGAUAACCACCUAAUAAAAGUUCCAAAAGAGGCAUUGCAAAAGUUGCCGGGUCUAAAGUUCCUGGACUUGAACAAGAAUCCCAUUCAGCUAGUGCAGAGGGGAGACUUUCGAAAUAUGCUUCACCUGAAAGAGCUUGGCUUAAACAACAUGGAAGAGCUGAUCUCUAUCGAGCACUCAGCGAUGGAAAACUUGCCUGAACUGACCAAACUGGAGAUCACAAACAAUCCUCGGCUCUCCUAUAUCCACCCUCAGGCCUUCCAAAAGUUGUUGAGUAUGGAAAGUCUAAUGCUGAACAGUAAUGCCCUGAGUGCCCUGCAUAGCCAGACAGUAAGGUCGCUGCCCAGCCUUCAAGAAAUCAGCUUGCACACCAAUCCCAUUCGCUGUGACUGCCUGAUCCGCUGGGUGGGAGCCGACAAUGACAAGCCAGUCCGUUUCAUUGAGCCUCAAUCCACAUUCUGCUCUGAGCCUCCUGAGCUGAAAGCCCGACGAGUUAAAGAAGUCUCAUUCAGAGAGAUGGCAGACAGCUGCCUGCCCUUGAUUGCCCCAAGCACAUUCCCCUCUUACACUGAAGUCAAACAUGGAGACAACGUAGCCUUGCACUGUCGAGCGCUGGCAGAGCCAGAGCCAAGUAUCUACUGGGUCAUUCCCCAAGGCGUGAGAUUGACUCCAUCCAGCAGCUAUGGGCGUUAUCAGGUUCUCACAGAAGGCACACUAGAGAUUUUUGGAGUCACUGCUGAAGAGGCCGGAUUCUACACUUGCGUUGCGCAGAACCUGGUGGGAGCUGAUACUAGAAGCUUGACUCUACAGGUGGAGGGAGGUGACCUGGUUCGUGCAAGUACUCAAAAGACAGAGGAUACUUUCGAAGUUCAGGAUGUCAAAGAAAGGUAUGCCUUACUAACCUGGCAAGCAAGCCGUAACGUCCCAAUAGCCCAUUUAUCAUGGGUGUCCAAUGGCAGUCUAGAAGACCAUCAUAGGCACAGCACUCGAAUUCUAGCUGGCACCAGGAGAUUCAACCUAACCCGUCUGCAACCAGGCACUCAUUACAAAGUUUGUCUACACAUGGGGCCAAAUGACACCUCAUGUGUCCAUCUAAGGACCAAGGAGGUGUCCAUGCCAGAUCCUUUACCAGAUCUGACCCCGGCAGUCCUGCUGGCAGUUUCAGCUCUGCUCCUUUUAUUUGCGGCCAGAGCAUGUCAUGGGGGAGCCUCAUUUGGUUGGAAGGACCACAUGCUCGAGCUUGAAAAACCCCACACCACCAUUCUGACCCAGGAGGCGAAAGCUUUUAUUGCUUCUCCAAUACCAGUAAAGUACCUGAAUCAGCAAGAUCCAGACAAAGUCCUAUCAGACGGAAGAGGGAAAGACCUCAGAAAUACUUCACCUGGGCAAGAUGCUCGGGGGCUAACAAAAGAGGCAUGCUGAGCAGAAUAAAGAGUUCAUGAAGGAUGGACAAAAAAAAUUUCCUUGGAGUAUAAGUUUCACAAAGCUCACUUUACCAAUCUGACAGUCAAAACUACUGAACAAUACUAGACAUUUAAGUGGCAGACCCGCUUCACACAACAGCGACCCAGUUUCAAAGUAUACUAUAAAAACUAAAAAAGUAAAGAAAAUAAAAAAAAGAUAUUUGUAUUUAUUUUGUAACAAAAAAGAUACAACAAAUAUAUGUAUAUUAAAAGCAUUUGUUCAUAUAUUCACAUACCGUAUAUCAACCUAGGACACUAAAGCUGUGCUGCCAAUCAUAAAUAACAGUUCAUAUAGAGUCUGUUUAUAUGCAACCUCCCAACUUUACGAGUCUGUGUCACAACAGGCCAAAUGGUUGUAGAAAGAUAAGCACUUAUAUAUUUUUAAUACUGAAGAAGAGACUGAUAUGACACGGGAAAGCAAAGAACACAAAUAGCAAGGAAGCCUCUAAAGAACUAAGUAAGAUAGAAAGUCUUCUGAAAGGCAUUCUGCAGGCUGCGGGCAACACUUUUCUUUUUGUGGUGAAAAACCAAACUUUUUUCAAAGCAGGCAUUACGAAGAGCUGAUAUAAAGGGAGGUGUCUUAAAUGUUGUAUAACUAAUGUUGUAUGUACUCUCUCUUUAACAGUGUUAAAUUGUGCUUUGUACAACGACCCCAAGAGAACACUCCAAAGUUAAGACCAUCCCAGAAAAAAAAACGAAUGUUUUUGCGCAUAAAAGAAUCUUUUUCUCCCUCAAAAACGAACUGAUCUGACAGGGGGCACAAACUUAUGACCCAAAAUGCUCAGAGUGGGAUGUUUGCCUAUUUUGGUCCCCUUGUUCCUGAAAUAUGACAGACCCUUGCUUAGAAUAACAACUCAAGUGAACAGAUGUUCUAUUCUUGAUGGACAUACUGCCUAGACAUACGUGUCGGCCUCUUUGUUCAGACAUGUCAAACAAGAAGAGAGGGUCAUGGAGGAAGCGUGUGGAACAGCCCCAUGAUGCCAUCCUUUCCAGCAAUGAAGGCAAACAUUUGGUGACAGGAAUGAGGUUCACAUCUACAUGCACACUGUUUUGUACAAAGCAAGCACGUCAGAAAUCCCAUCUCUUUCAGCACUGACGAAAAGUGCGGGUCCUGUCAGGCUGCUAAUGGGACACACUUCAUGGAAAGAUAGUGCCAACUCUUCUUUCUGUAAAAAGAGAAAAAAAGAAUUUAAAAUGGGCUUUUUCUUAAACAGUUUGUCAGGUGACUAUUCAGUGCACAGCACACAAACUCCGCUAUGACUGCUGGACAGCUAUACUAAUGAGAGACAAUCCCAGUGAAAGAGGGGUCAGAAGGGCACCGGUGUGCCCCUCUUUUAUCCAGGAAACGAAAUAAAGCAGCAUUGGGGAUUGUGAACUGUUCUCUUAUAUUCUCAAAUAUGGGGAAAUCCAUUUUUUACAAGCUGUCAUUUUAUGGUAAUUUGUUUGCUUUUUCUUUUCUUUUCUUUUUUUUUGUAAGUUUGUGGUUGAUGUGCCCUCCUGUUUCAGUGGCUCUCUCUCUCUAACUUGACCGUCUUGUCCUGAAAUUGGUUUUCCUUCAUUAUUAUUUGUUGCUCACUGGUCUUUUCCCCACCCCAAAGCUGUACAUAAGUCAAUCUGAAUUUCCUAUUCAACAUACCACUUUCUGAAAUAAUUUAGAUGACUGUGUGUUAAAUUCUAUUUUGAGCUAUUAUUAAAACAUUUUGGACUGA